GCAUUUUUUUGCCAUGAUGCUUCAAUCAAAAAAAGCACAGUUUAAUAUUAAACUUGUGUCUUCCAGAUGGUAUUCGAAAGAAGAACUUUUGUUAAGAGAAGAAGUUCAAGAAAAAUCAAUUAUACUAAUUCAAGUUGAAACUGAAUUUCAAACCAGCACAUUUCAAAUAUUAAAUAAUAUUUGUGGGCAAGAAAUAUUUGAUGAAUCUUUUAUAAAUUUAGAUUCAAAAAAAGAAAUAUAUGGCUGUGGUUUUGGGCUAUGCAAAAAGGCGUUAAAUUUGGUGAUCUUAAACAAUUCUAGUGAAGCUUUUAAAGAACUUUUACAACAAUUUAUUAAAAAGCAAAAUAAAAUAUCUACAGAAUCUUUCGAAGAUUCUAAUAACAUUAAUAAUAUCACAGAUCCGAUUCAGCACAAAGGAAAAGGCUGA